GGGAAAAGCACGAACACUUGACAUUCGCAAUCAGUCAGCACGCCACUAAAGACAUGCUCUUGGUCACAAUAUUAAUUGGAGCUCUCCUGCUGGUGCCAGUCUACCCGGAAACCCACCGCUUGGGCUACAAUCCCAACUAUGAUGUGUGGUAUUUCGUGCCGCCAACACCAAUUGAAAAUCUAACACCAGGCGUCAUGCGUGCCUAUUUUGAGCACAAUAAAAAGGGCGGCAUUUGCUUUAAGGAUCAUGUUUAUAUCUUUUGCAAAACUGGUGUAAAAAUCGAGUAAUACAGUUCCAAAAUCAAAGCUGUGCAAAUUUCUUUAUCAGCGUUUAAGCCGUAAAUUCAUGUCAAUAAUUAAUUUUACACACAACAUUAACCAGAACAGUGUCGAGCGUGUGUGCCUGUUUUUUUUAUACCGUGUCAAAUGAUCAGCAAAGCUAAAUUAAAUGAUGUCAUUUGAGAGCUGCAAUAUCAACGCAAAUAAAUCUCAUUUAUAUAAGUGAAAAUAUGUGUACAAAAAUUCGAAAGAAAUCUGAUACAAAGCUUAUUGGAAGCC